AUGCAGAGUGGCACAAAUAAAUCACAUACAGCCAAUGAAUUAAGUGACGCGGUGCCUGUGUUUUUAGGUUUGAGUUCGCAGUUUAACGAGAUAGUGGAUAAUGGACGGGGCGACAUUCCGUUCUCUGCAGACAGCGGCCCAAAUUACGGAAACCGUUUCUCCGUCUCGGAGGAUUUUGGAGCUGGCGCCAGUUUGACCUCAUUAACCACCCAGAUGUCGAGGAAAACGAUAAUUAUAUCAAAUGGGCCACCAUUCGAAGUAAAUCAAGACAUUUGUGGACAAAAUGACUUGGGUUUUUUACAAACUCUGGAGCGCGAAAGGGACUGCGAAUGGAACGUGACAAGGCCUACGCACGAUUUGGAGAUGGCCCAAGGUCUCCGUAAAAACUCGGACAUGUUCGUGAAUCUGGAUAACGGUAACGCAGUGCCCUCUCAGUUUGACGAACUGUUACCUUUAAAUUCUCCAUUACGUAAAGACCCCCCAGCCCUGCUGUUUGGUAGGGACUUUCCGGACACAUCGGCAGUCAAUUACCAAACCAGCAGCCGUAACAUCAAAAUCGAACCAGGGCAUGAGGGACCCUGUCCCGUGGCGGAUGGAUCUUGGUUCUGUAAAUAUUGUGACAACGGAAAUUGCAUGUCUCGUGGAGCACGUAAACCCUUUCCCUGUACCUCGUUCCCUGGGGUUAACUAUACGGACUAUGACUCUGGGAUGCCACAGGAGUUUCAUGUCCAGGCGCAAAGUUACCAAAGUGUGAUGAUGGGUGAAAGGGGUCUCCAAGUGUAUCAUUCCGGUAUCAAGAAGGAUAGUUCUGGAUGGAUGGGUGCUGACCCCAGUUUGAGAUGUGAGGAUAUGUUGCCAGUGAGGGUGUAUUUCUCAGACCGGAGGGUGUGUAAGGUAUGUGGAGACGAGGCGUCAGGCUGUCACUAUGGAGCUGUUACCUGUGGGAGCUGCAAGGUGUUCUUCAAGAGGGCCGCAGAGAGUAAGCAGAAUCACCUGUGCGCCAGCCGUAACGACUGCACCAUCGACAAGCUGAGGAGGAAGAACUGUCCUUCCUGUCGUCUCAGCAGAUGCUUCCGGUCUGGAAUGAGCCUCAAAGGCCGCAAGCUGAAGGGAGCUGGCCCAAUGAAAGGAGGAGUGGAGGGGGGAACACAGGCACCUGGCAGAGAGAGGCCUGGAGAGAGGGAAGGAGAGAAGCCUGGAGAGAGGACUGAAGAGAGGGAAGGGGAGAGGCCUGGAGAGAGGACUGGAGAGAGGCCUGGAGAGAGGACUGCAGAGAGGGAAGGAGAGAGGACUGGGGGACUACAGUUAGCCACCAUUUCCCCACAGGCCCAAUGCUGUGGUGCUUCGCAGGCUCCCACUCUUGGCCCCUCCCCUAGUCUACGCCCCUCCCUCCUCAACGUCCUGAGUUCCAUCGAGCCAGGAAUGGUCAACGCAGGCCAUGACACCUCCCAGCCAGACUGUUUCACCUCCCUACUGUCCAGCCUCAACGAGCUGGGAGAGAGACAACUGGUGUCUGUGGUGAACUGGGCUAAAGCCAUGCCAGGUUUCAGACAGCUGCAUGUAGAAGACCAGAUGUCAGUGAUCCAGUCUUCAUGGCUGGGGUUGAUGGUGUUCGCUCUGGGCUGGAGGUCUUACACUAACACAGACGCUGGAGAGCUCUACUUCGCUCCUGACCUCAUCUUCAACGAUCAGAGAAUGCGUGUGUCCAGUAUGUAUGAGCACUGUGUCCGGUUCCGUCUGCUGUCCCAGAGGUUCUGUAUGCUCAGAGUCACCCAGGACGAGUUCCUCUGUAUGAAGGCUCUGCUCCUCUUCAGCAUCAUCCCUGUGGAGGGUCUGAGGAAUCAGAAGUGUUUUGACGAGCUGAGGAUCUCUUACAUCAAGGAGCUGGAUCGUCUGGCCAGCCACCAUGGAGAAAAACACCACACACAACGCCUGUUCCAGCUAACACAGCUACUGGACUUCCUACACCCGAUUGUAAGGAAGCUGCACCAGUUCACCUAUGAUCUGUUUAUUCAGGCCCAGUCUCUGCCCACCAGAGUCAGCUAUCCAGAGAUGAUCUCUGAGAUUGUCAGCGUUCACGUGCCCAAGAUUCUCACAGGCAUGGUUCAGCCAAUCCUCUUUCACAAUGCACCUUGCUAGAGGGUCAUCCCAUUACAAUUCAUCCUAAAAGAGGGACAGACAAUAACAAAACAAUCUGCUAGACAUUCAACCCAGGGUCCCCCAUUGAUUUUGUCAGUCUCUCUCACUCAGAUAUCAUAUGAACUCAUAAGUCUUGGCAAAAUGUGUAGAAUUGUAGAGAAUUGGCUUUAAAAUAGCAAGAUUUUCUCUCCACCCCAUUGCAAAAUGAGUAGAAUAGCAUGAAAUGUGUUUUAAAACUGCAGCAUUUUCUCUCUGCCUCAUGGCAAUAUUUGUAGAAUUACAGAACAUGUGCUUUAAAACCACAACAUUUUCUCUCCUCCCCAGGGCCAAAUGUGUAAAAUAUCAGGAAUAUAUGCUUUAAAACCAAAGCAUUUUCUCUCCGCCCAUGUCAAAAUGUGCAGAAUUGCAGAAAAUGUACUUAAAAACAUUUCUUUCUUUUUUUGCCGUCAAGAGGGGCACCACUGAAAUGUUUUACCCGCGAGGUGGGGGUAAACCUAACCCUGGUUCAAUAUAUCACAAAACAGCUUGGAGGUCAAAACUAUAACUAUAACCUUGUUAGACACCCAACCAUUUACUGUACAUAAUUAGACACAAAGCCAUCGAUGACAUCACAUCAAGUCGGUUUUAGCAUGCUAAGAUGGCAUCUCAUGAGGGAGAUUUAUGUAGACAUCACAUGCACAGUUUGAGCUACUCCAGGAAGUGAUGUUGCAGGCUAGCUCAGUGCUGCCCCUCUCAUUGAGUUUCUCAAGUUGAAAUGAUAGCCGACCGGGGUACUGCAGGCUGCCAUAGCAACUAAAUUAUCCAUAUAACUUCUUUGUGUGAUUUAAAAAAAAAAAAAGUUGGUUCAAGGACAUACAUCUGUUGUAAUAGAAGCAAUUAUCUGGAACAUGAUUGUCUUCUAAUGUUUUUUUUCUUUUUUUUCUUUGAAUAUUGACCUGAAGGUUGCUAUUUACUAUUUGGCAACCAUUUGCUUUAACGGGGGAUCCUGCUUUCUGGAAAAAAACAGCCAGGCUUCAAUGAGAGGUGGCAGUUGGUCUCCCCUGGGUCCCACACAUACUCUCAUUUACGCUGCUAGUCACUAGCCUGGAAUCCAAACUGAAUAACAUUCUGUAUUGUUCACUAUCCUUCACUUCACCGACAGUCACCAGAAUCUAUGCCAUUGAUUACGUUGGAUCCCCUGAUCUCAAGCUGGGGUUUGAUCCUGAAUGUGCAUCUCAGAUUGUUGUUUUUCUCUUUUACUUUUCAGUUUACCAUUAUUUUCUAUUUCAUAGUUUCAGCAAAAUGUAGUAAGUAGCACAUUACACAAUAGGUCAAAAUAAGACAUGAUUCUUCUGAAUUACACAUCAUUCAUACUCUAUAGACACAGACAAAGAGGUGCCUAUAGCUGUUCAUUUGAGCUUUGUAUAUAACACCACAUCAAACACAAAGUAUACAUGACUUCUGUAAAUAUGGAAUGGAUUAUAUGUUGCAUAUUCUAUAAAAACAAAUCAAAUCAGAUCUAAAACGAACAAAUAAAACAAUCUAUAUUCCA